UUGGAAAGAUCAAUUUUGGGGGAGAAGCUGGUUCUGUUUUUUGUUUGGUUUUUUUUUUUUAAAUCAAAGCAAGUUAAUCUGGUUGUUAUGUUUUAAAUGUGGGACUGACUGAAAAUUUUCCUUGAUAAUUCUGUCCUUGAGCAGACUAGAUGAUCAUAAUGGUCCCUUCUGACCUUAAAAAUCUAUUAAUAUACAAUAUAUAGCUUUAAAAUGACAGACCUGCAGUGAUUCUUGCAUCAUUGAUAAACAGGAAACAUUCCUCUAGUCUGUGACCUCAUUUACGAAGUUAGCACAAGCCAGGAAUUUUUAUGGCUGAAUUAUUUAUUUGGGUGUUGUCAUUUCCAUAGUGUUCAUCUCCAGCAGACCUGAGUUAAGCCUCAGAAGUUCCCAGUGAUGGGCGCUGCCAGGGCCGUUGUCCAGAUUGGAAAACAGGGGAGAGCUGGUCAAAAGGUUUCGUUUUGAACUUUAACAAAAAUAAAGCCUUUUGUGGCCAAAUGGAAAUACCGGAUUUCAGCAUCUUUUUCCCAGUUGCUGAAAGUAAAAUUUCCAUUAUCAGGUUUUGGGGUUUUCAGUGAACAUUUCUGAUUAAAUCAAAAACUUAAGAGAACAUUUUCAAUUUCUUCCAUGGGAACAAAAAUAAUUUCCUGACCUGCUCUGACUGUGAGAGUCAGUGAGGUGAAAAGACUCGCCAAGUCACACAGACAGUCUGCGGGAGCAUCAGGGAUAGACUCCUCAUCUAAGUGCCUGUCCUGGGCAUUAUCCACAAGCCUCUCCUUCCUUCCUGUUAUCAUCCCCUUGCAAAGCUGGGGAAAUAAUGGAAAUAUUUUUCCGUGCCUUAUUGCAGUGCAGGCAGGCUUUGCUGUAAUGCUGGGCACACAUGGAAUUAUUUAUAGAGACAAAGGAUAUGAAAACAUCUCAGCCUUCUGAGCAAGCCCUUUCAAACAGGAAAGUGCCAUCCUGCCUAAUCUGGGUAUUUCUCACCACUGCAGCAGCCUUGCGAGGCGGUAUACAAAAUGUACCUCCUCUCCAGGAGACAACCUCAUUAACAGCUGGGAUUUCAGGAUGGGACUUUCAAUGGGACGUAUGUUCCUAAAUUCUUUGGGUGCUUUUGAAAGUAAUCAACGACUCUGAGGUAUGUAGAAAUUCUGCCUUUAAUAUACAGCACCAUAGAGCCUGAACUAGCUCUCCCUGAAGUCAGUGGAAAGAUUCCUGUUUUCGGUGUUUGUACAGCCCCUGGCACAGUGAGGUCCAAGUCCAUGGCUGGGUUCCUAGGUUCUACAGUAAUUUGCAUCUACUCCAAAUAACCAGCAUGAGCAGGAAGGGAGAAUUUAACUAAGGCUUCUGGGGCAAAAGGUGCCAUGGAGCUUUAAUGGCCGCAUCCGAUCAUCCAAAAGCAACAGACACCGUAAACUGCCUGGAACUCAGCUUAUUUCCGUGGACAGAUGAAGUGCUAAGUCAGUCCUGCCAGCAUUCAGAGCCGCGAUUCCAGGCAGUCGGGGUAUUUUGAACCUGUUGCUUAGAGCGCUCAUCCGUUCCAGGUCUAUGUUUCAGAUCUGUUUGUUGGGUGGCGGCAGCAAGGAACAGGGACUGAAACAGGAGACAAGAUACCCAGCAGGGGAAGGGCAGGGGGGGAACUGACAUUAUUCAGGGCUUCUGGUCUUCCAAGAGAACCAAAGGCAAUUCCAAGUGAUUCAGCAUUUUGUAUUCAGGACCCUCCUUUAAUGAAUCAGUGUUAUUUGUUCCAGAACCUAAUUUUGAGUGAUUUGUGGUGGGUUUUGUUCUGGAUUCUCAUUGUCAUGGAUCAGCUAUUUAUACCCAUGAAUCAGCCUGUUACAUUCUGGAGCCUCACUUUCUGGAAUUGGCGUCUUUUGUUUGUUGUUUUUGAUCCUUGCUCUUGUGAAUCAGCAUUUUUUAAAAUCAGUGUUUGAGGGGACAGUACUUUGACUGCAUGGGCUGGAAGCUGUAUCUGGCUUUUCAGGAAUGUAUGGACCAGAUCCUUUUAUCUUCUUUCCUCUGCCUGCUGUGCCAGCCCUUCACACCUGCCAUCAGAGUUCACUGCAGGCUUGUAGUAAGUGUUCACUGAGCACAGUAUCUGCACCAAAUGGAAAAUAACGCUAAAAACUCCUUUCAACUCCACACCCAACUCUGCUGUCUGUUCCCUGGUUCUAAAGCGUAUAUAAACUUCCUGGCCAGGGAAUGGAUUUUCUUCCUCCUCAUCGUCUUUAUUUUUCCAUUUGCAUUAUGAUCAUUUGCUAAAUAUAUUACAUGAUUAACCUCAGUCCUCUGUGUGGCUUUCACCCCCUGCAGGAAUUUCACAAAUAAAUUACUGAUCCCGCUUGCAAUAUGUUUACAGUUAAUGAGCUGCAGAAGCACCCAGAGCAUACAGAAUUCUCUAACAGCGUGGUAUGGCCUAGGGGGAGUCUUCAGUAGGAUAUAUCUUAGUAGCCAUGUUUAUGUCCCUAAAGUGUUCGUUCCAUAAACUGGAUAUUUUGCAUAAUAGUUGAUGACCUCAAUCAAGAGUAAACUCAAACUGAUUUAUGCGUGUCUAAGAGAGAGACAGAGGCCUUGGCUACACUUGCGAGUGACAGCGCAGUAAAGCCGCCCACAGCGCUGUACCUCACUCCCCGUCCACACUGGCGACAAUGUUGCUGGUACUCCACCUCCCCGAGAGGAAUAAAGUUUAUUGCGCCACCACUGCUGUGCUGCGGCACCAGUGUGGCCGCCCAAUACUCUCUGAUUGGCCUCUAAAAGUAUUCAGCAGUAUCCCACAAUGCCUGUUCUAUCCACUGUGGUCAUCAGUUCGAACUCUACUGCCCUGGCCUCAGGUCACCAAUCAUCAGACCCACCCUUUAUAUUCCCUGGGAAUUUUUAAAAUCCCCUUCCUGUUUGCUCAGCCAGGCAUGGAGUGCUAUCAGUGAAUCUUCCCAGGUGAUAGCACUCCACAUGCCAAGUGAUCCCCAGUAUGGAGCAAUGGUGAGUUGCUGGACCUCAUCAGUGUUUGGAGGGAGGAAGCUGUGCAGUCCCAGCUGCGCUCCAGCCAUAAGAAUUACAAUACCUUCGGGCAGGUAUCAAGGGACAUGAUGGAAAGGGGCCAUGACGGGGACGCACUGCAGUGCAGGGUUAAAGUGAUGGAAUUGUAGAGUGCCUACUGCAAAGCCCAUGAGGCAAACAGCCGCUUGGGUGCUCCCCCCGUGACCUGCUGAUUCUACAAAGAGCUGGACGCGAUACUUGGGGGUGACCCCACCUCCACUCCGAGGACCACAAUGGACACUUCAGAGUGGGAGGAGGAGGAGGAGGAGGAGGAAAGCGAGAGUGAGGGUGCUGAGGCGGGGGGAAACACCCCAGAAUCCCUGGAGGAAUGCAGCCAGGAGCUCUUCUUGAGCCAGGAGGAAGGUAGCCAGUCGCAGCGGCCGGUACUUGGUGGAGGACAAACAGAAGAGCAGGUUCCCGAUGCAACCUUGAGAUCUCAGCCGUCCAUGUUAUCACCUGUUGAGAGACUGCAAAGACUCAGGAAGAGGCCACGAAAAAGCAAAGAAGACACGCUGCAAGAAGUGAUGCAGCAAUCUCUUAAAGAGAAUCAAAAAGCGCAGGUGUGGAGGGAGAGCAAAAGCAGGAUCCGCCAGGAAAAUGCAGCAUGCCAGCAGCAAAGCAUGGAGCACCAUCAGCAAAGUAUGGAUCAGCUGAAUAAGCAUCAUGGAGCACCAAGCAGACUCUAUCCAGGCGCUUGCAGCCAUGCAGGUGGAGCACUACCACGCCUGCCCAUCCCCUGCAGCCCUUGUCCCAAAACUCUUUUUCCCUUGUGGCCCCAUGUCACCUCCAACCCACUUUCCCCAACAUCUGGGUUCUUACCGCCACCAACUGCCUCCAACACCUGUAUCUUCACCACCCAGGCCUGA